GACAACACAUCAACUUCAUUAAUGCAGUUGAGUUGGAGUUUUAAUUUUAGUAUCCUUUUGAUCAUUAUUGUUACAUUGUGAUAAUUGGGAAAUGGAAAGAGAAGAAGGCGUGGUGGUGCGGGGACGUGUGGAGAUUGAUAUGCGGCAGCCUUUUCGGUCCGUGAAGGAAGCAGUUAUGUUGUUUGGGGAAAAGGUUUUGGCUGGAGAAAUUCAUGCUAAGCAACUUCAACAGGAUACUCAACGUCAUGUGCAGAGCAAGGCAAGUACUACCGGUGGACAAAACCAAUUUAAGUUUGGAGCAGCGCGAGUUGAGCUUGAAGAGACAAAACAAAGCCUGCAGAAAGCCAAAGAAGAAGGAGAUUUUAUGGCACAUUGCCUUCAAUCUCUUAGAGAAGAGCUGGAAAAGACUAGAAGAGAGAUACAACAGUUGAAGAAUACAAGAGACGUAGUACCCGAGAAGAAAGUACCAUUAGCGGAUUUUGAUGAUGAUGAGAUUCAUGAAGAGCUAAAAUUCAUUGAGCAACCAGUUGAAGUUAAAACACAAACCAGAGAGGAGAUCGAAUUCGAAAAGAAGAGGUCUGUCAAGUUUGCUAGUCCUCCAUUGCUUACUAAGAUCAUUGCUGUCAACAAGCUGGAGGAAUGUGUUAAGAAAGAAACUUGUGAGAAAAGCCCCUCACACCUCAAGAAGAAAUUGAAGAGGAAGCCCUUAAUCCCUUUAAUUGGUGCAUUGUUCUCCAAAAAGAAGGGAAAUCAGGAAAAAUGAAUCUUAAAAGUUAAAUUCCUUAAACAUGAGAUGCAAAUGACAGGAAACUAGCCAAAAAAAUUAUUUUGUGCCUUGUACAACUGACACUAGUCAUGUGAGUUUUCUUUUUACCUCACAAUUUAAUGGACCCAAAGAUUUUAAAUUCAAAUGGAUAAGAAUUGAGUCCACUAAAUCGAGAAUAAAAAAAAGCCUCACAAUUACUUAUAACCUCAGUUGUAUAAGGCACAUGAUGAUUUUUUUAAAACUAGCGUAUAUAAAGACUCUACCUGUACAAUUUAGCUUCUGCCCUUGUUUUGAAUAAGGAAAAUGGUAGAGGUCUCAAAAUGAUUUGUACCAUUUAAGUUGUUAGCUACUCAAUGUAUUCCCUCUUACGUA